AUGGCCGCUCAGGUUCAGCUCCAAGCGCAGAAGCCAUCACUCUCGGCUCGGCUUAACUCCUUUGUGGCCAACAGCCGUGUUGGCAAGCGGUUCAAGCUCGCCGAGCGAAACACCACCUUCACGACUGAGCUCCGAGCUGGGACCGCCACCUUCCUAACCAUGGCUUACAUUCUAGCCGUCAACGCCAGCAUCCUUGCCGACUCUGGUGGCACCUGCGGUGUCUCCGAUUGCCUGCCUCUCUGCUCCGACCCUAACAUUCCCCUCUCUCGCUGCACCGCGCCGAGCCAGCGUGUCAUACAACCCGACGACUCUUGCAAGUUCCCGCCGGUUAACCCGGGUUACGCCUCUUGCCUCCAGAAAACCCGAAAGGACCUCAUCGUCGCCACCGCCGCAUCGUCUCUCAUUGGCUGUGUUAUAAUGGGUCUCUCUGCCAACCUUCCUUUGGCUUUGGCUCCGGGAAUGGGUGGCAAUGCCUACUUCGCUUACUCUGUAGUCGGGUUUCACGGCUCGGGUAAUACACCCUACGAAACCGCUUUGACCGCCAUCUUCAUGGAAGGCUUACUCUUCCUCCUCAUUUCCGCCGUCGGCUUUCGUGCCAAACUCGCCAAACUCGUCCCCAGACCAGUCCGAAUUUCUUCCGCUGCAGGAAUCGGUCUCUUUCUGGCUUUCAUUGGGCUUCAGAACAAUCAAGGAAUUGGGCUCAUCGGGUACAGCCCAUCAACCUUAGUUACACUCGGAGCCUGCCCGAGAUCCUCCCGGGCCGCGUUAGCCCCGGUCAUAACAGCAGCCAACGGAACUGUCAGUUUACUCCCAGGUAGCUCCGCCUCGGAUAACAUACUGUGUUUGAACAAUAGGAUGGAGAGUCCAACGUUGUGGCUUGGAAUGGUUGGGUUUGUAAUUAUAGCAUACUGCUUAGUGAAAAACAUUAAAGGCGCCAUGAUAUACGGUGUCGUUUUUGUAACCGCAAUAUCGUGGUUCCGUAACACAUCCGUAACAGCAUUUCCUAAGACAGAGGAGGGAGACUCAGGGUAUGAGUACUUUAAGAAGGUAGUUGAGGUGCACGUGAUUGAAAGCACAGUAGGUGUCCUAAAAUUUAAGGGUUUGGAUAAGGGCAGCUUUUGGGAGGCAUUGUUCACGUUUUUGUAUGUGGACAUUUUGGACACAACAGGUACAUUAUAUUCAAUGGCCAGAUUUGCAGGGUUUGUUGAUCUCAAUGGUGAUUUCGAAGGUCAGUAUUUCGCUUUCAUGUCCGACGCUGCGUCCACCGUGGUUGGAUCACUCCUCGGCACUUCACCGGUGGCAACAUUCAUCGAAUCCUCAACGGGGAUCCGAGAAGGAGGACGGACGGGUAUAACGGCUUUAACUGUUGCAACGUACUUUUUCUUGGCACUGUUCUUUACCCCGCUGUUGGCAUCCAUACCAGGGUGGGCGGUCGGGCCUCCGUUGAUCUUGGUCGGAGUGAUGAUGAUGAGAUGUGUGGUGGAGAUUAAGUGGGAUGACAUGAGAGAAGCGAUCCCAGCGUUCAUGACGAUAAUACUGACGCCGUUGACGUAUUCUAUAGCUUAUGGUUUGAUUGGUGGAAUUGGGACGUACGUGGUGUUGCAUGUAUGGGAUUGGGGAGCAGAACUAGUGAAAAGAUAUGUGAUUAAAAAGGUAAAUCAAAACGGUGCCGUAAAUGAUGACGUAGGAGAUGAUAAAGUAGUUGAAGUACCAUAGAUCAAUAUUAUCCAAUAAGUCCCUUUGGGGACAUCCGACAAAAUUGGAAUGAAUAUUAUCCAAUAAAAUUUAGUUGUAUUUA